AUGGGCGAGGCUGAGGAUCUCGCCCGUAGGGCAUGGGCAAGACUGGGAAAUAGAGCAGAAGAUCAGGCUAUUGUGUUCUUCGGAGAAUCAGGGUCGGGCAAAACGACAGUCAGGUCACACCUACUUUCCUCCUUCCUUUCUUUCUCGUCCACGCCACUAUCCUCCAGGUUGUCCCUCGCCGCCUUCGUCUUCGACACCUUGACUACAACCAAAACUACCACUACCCAAACAGCAUCAAAGGCUGGGUUGUAUUACGAACUCCAAUAUGACGCAUCGUCAUCGAUUCCCACUCUCAUUGGGGGCAAGUUGUUAGACCAUCGCUUGGAAAGGAGUCGAAUCUCACAUGUACCGACUGGCGAAAGAAGCUUUCAUGUGCUCUACUAUCUUUUGGCUGGAACAAGUGCGGCAGAAAAGUCUCAUCUCGGCCUCAAUGGUCACACAAAUAUCACCACGUCAGGCACAGGCCUGACAAGGUCUGCCUCCGUGGCACAGAAACGAUGGAGAUAUCUGGGCCACCCAACGCAAAUGAAGGUGGGCAUAAAUGACGCGGAAGGUUUCCAACAUUUCAAAACGGCUUUGCGAAAGCUGGAAUUCCCUAGAGCCGAAAUCGCCGAAAUCUGUCAAGUCCUUGCUGCCAUUCUGCACAUUGGCCAACUCGAAUUUGGCACCGGCCAGGCGACAUUGACCGCGGCUGAAGAAAGUGGUGGAUACUCUCAUGAAGGUGGCGAGACAGUCACGGUGGUCAAGAAUACUGACACUUUGGCUCUCGUCGCGGCCUUUCUGGGACUGAGUGUCCAGGAUCUGGAAGAAAGCAUGAGGCACAAGACAAAGACACUCCACCGAGAGCGUGUCACUGUGAUGUUGGAUCCAAAGGGCGCUCGCGAGAACGCUGACGAACUCGCAACGACAUUAUACUCGCUUCUGGUUGCAUACAUCAUCGAAAGCAUCAACCAAAGGAUCUGUGCCGCAGAAGACUCUGUUGCCAACACUGUUUCCAUUGUUGACUUCCCAGGUUUUGCGGACCAUUCCUCUACUGGUUCUGUUCUAGACCAGUUGUUGAAUAAUGCUGCCAAUGAGUCACUCUACAACACGUGUCUUCACGGUUUCUUCGAAAAGACGGCCGAGAUGCUGGAAAGCGAAGAAGUCAGCGUGCCUGCAACCAGCUAUUUCGAUAACUCUGACGCUGUCCGAGGUCUGCUCAAGCAUGGCAACGGUCUACUUGCCAUCCUCGAUGAUCAGACACGUCGUGGUCGAACGGACACACAGUUUCUGGAUAGUAUCCGAAAGCGAUUUGAGAACAAGAAUAAAGCGAUCACGGUCAGCCGCGCCACUACAACCUUACCUGGUAGCAACUUCGCCACGACGAAUCUUUCGGCAUCUUUCACGGUCCGUCACUAUGCUGGUGAGGUUGAUUAUCCAGUCAAUCGCUUGGUCGAAGAAAACGGUGACGUGGUGUCGGGUGACCUGAUGAACAUGGUCAGAGCUACUAAAAGUGAUUUUGUGGCUAGCUUGUUCGGUCAAGAAGCCUUGAACACUGUCAGCCACCCGUCAGAGAAGACGGCUAUCGUGCAAGCCCAAGUCAGCUCAAAGCCGUUGCGCAUGCCCAGUCUCUCCCGGAAGAAGCAUGACCAGCUGCGCCGGAUGGGCAGUCGCAGAGCAGAUCGCUCGCCUGCUCUACAGGAAGACGCUGACUCCACACAUACUCCGGAAGAGGCCAGGACCAGAAAAACAAAGGCUUCUGCGACAGGAUUGACCCAAGGCGCAGCAGCACAGUUCCUCUCAUCUUUGGAUAAUAUUACCAAAUCGCUAACCGCACCCAACGUCAACAACUAUUUCGUGUUUUGCUUGAAACCAAAUGAUAGGCGGAUCGCCAAUCAAUUCGACAGCAAAUGUGUUCGUCAACAGGUUCAGAUGUUUGGGAUACCCGAAAUCAGCCAACGUCUUCGGACUGCUGAUUUCAGUGUGUUCCUCCCUUUCGGUGAAUUUCUGGGUCUGACUGACGCUGAUACUGGCGUCGUCGGAAGUGAUCGCGAGAAGGCGCAGCUUGUUCUGGACAACAAACAGUGGCCCGGGAACGAGGCAAGAAUCGGCAAUACCGGUGUGUUUCUCAGCGAACGCUGCUGGGCAAGUAUUGCCCUCACAGGGUCACAAAGCACCGCCUACUUUGGCGGCGAGGUUCCCGCCAUUUCCAGGCCUGAUACGCCAAGUGCCAACCCUUUCAACGAUUCCAAAGCUCGAUUAGUUGCCUCACACGAAGGAACCCCCGGCUCCUUCUAUGGUGACGAAACGAAAGGAGGGGGUUACUUCGGCAGUCGAGAACUUGACGCCAAAUCUGAUGCCGGCGCCUCUGCUUUCAACUCUGGAGAUAUGUUCCGCAAUCUCGAGACAAAAGAAGAACUAGCCGAAAAAGGCAACAGAAAGAAGAUGGAAGAAGUCGAUGUUGUACCCGUUUCGUCGUCACGUAAAAGGUGGCUGGCGGUGGUCUACUUCCUUACCUGGUACCUCCCAGAUUUUGCGAUCAAGUGGGGUGGAGGCAUGAAACGGAGGGAUGUGAGAAUCGCUUGGAGGGAGAAGUUCGCCAUCAACAUCCUCAUCUGGCUCAGCUGUCUCUUUGUGGCCUUUUUCAUUGUCGUCUUUCCCCAGCUCAUCUGUCCAAAGCAAGAUGUGUAUUCAGCAGCGGAGCUGUCGUCACACGAUGGUAAGAACGGUCACAGCGCCUAUACGGCUAUUCGAGGCGUAGUCCUCGAUCUAGGUGCCUUCGCACCUUCUCACUACCCGAAUAUCAUCCCACAAACGUCGCUUGAGAAGUAUGCUGGUUUGGACGCAACGGGACUGUUCCCAGUUCAGGUCUCGGCUCUUUGCCAAGGAAAAGACGGCCGAAUUGAUCCCGCCGUUCAGUUGGAUUAUACGACAACAAACAUCUCUGGUUCUGCCACGGUCAUCAGCACCACUGACCCCAAUCGCCGGUACCAUGACUUCCGCUCUUUCACCAAUGACUCACGCCCAGACUGGUUUUUCGAGCAGAUGAUCAUGUUGAAAGCCAACUACAAGAAGGGAAGUAUUGGAUAUACUCCACAAUAUGUGCGCACCCUUGCCAAAAAGUCACGUUCUAUUGCGAUAUUAAACGACAGGGUCUACGACUUCACCACCUACAACCAAGGUGGGCGCAGCACUAGGGCUCCUGCGGGUCAAACAGUUCCGGCCGGAGUUGAUACCAACUUUAUGGAUGACCUUGUAGUUGAGCUGUUUACACAACGGGCGGGACACGACGUCACGAAAUACUGGAACGCUCUUUCCAUGGACUCUGCGCUGAGAAGUCGGAUGCAGCUCUGUCUUGACAAUUUGUUCUUUGUCGGCGUCACGGAUACCAGAAACUCGGCGCAAUGUCUCUUCGCCCGGUAUAUCCUCCUAGCUAUUUCCAUCCUGCUUUGUACUGUGAUUGGAUUCAAAUUUUUGGCUGCACUCCAGUUUGGAGGCAAGAACAUACCCGAAAACCUCGACAAGUUUGUCAUCUGCCAGGUUCCUGCGUAUACGGAAGACGAAGAGUCUCUUCGUCGAGCUAUCGACUCAGCAGCGCGGAUGCGAUACGAUGACAAACGCAAACUCCUCAUCGUGGUCUGCGACGGAAUGAUUAUCGGUCAAGGAAACGAUCGACCAACACCUCGUAUUGUGCUUGAUAUUCUGGGUGUGUCAGAAACAGUCGAUCCGGAACCACUGAGCUUCGAAUCUCUAGGUGAAGGUAUGAAGCAACACAACAUGGGCAAGGUAUACUCUGGUCUGUACGAAGUGCAAGGACACAUUGUUCCCUUCUUAGUUGUUGUCAAGGUCGGCAAACCCUCGGAAGUCUCCAAACCUGGAAAUAGAGGGAAACGUGACUCCCAGAUGGUUAUCAUGCGUUUCCUGAACCGCGUUCAUUACAACAUGCCCAUGAGCCCGCUAGAACUGGAGAUGCAUCAUCAGAUCAGGAACAUCAUCGGGGUCAACCCAACGUUCUACGAAUUUAUGCUCCAGAUUGAUGCUGACACGGUUGUGGCUCCCGACUCGGCUACUCGCAUGGUUUCGGCAUUCCUGCGCGACACAAGGCUGAUCGCUGUUUGCGGAGAGACCUCACUCUCUAACGCCAAAGCAUCUUUCAUCACGAUGAUGCAGGUGUACGAGUACUACAUUUCGCACAAUCUCACCAAGGCAUUCGAGUCGUUGUUUGGUUCCGUCACAUGUCUACCGGGUUGUUUCACCAUGUAUCGAAUCCGAGCUGCAGAGACGGGAAAGCCACUUUUUGUGAGCAAGGAAAUCAUCCAGGACUAUUCUGAAAUCCGAGUCGACACCCUCCACAUGAAAAACCUGUUACAUCUUGGUGAGGAUCGAUACUUGACCACUCUCCUCUUGAAGCAUCACUCCAAAUACAAGACCAAGUACAUCUUCCACGCCCACGCCUGGACCAUCGCACCCGACAGUUGGAAAGUGUUCAUGUCUCAGCGACGCCGAUGGAUCAACAGUACUGUCCACAACCUCGUCGAACUGCUGCCACUGCAGCAGUUGUGCGGUUUCUGUUGUUUCAGCAUGCGGUUUGUGGUGUUCCUGGAUCUGUUAUCGACAGUCAUCGCCCCUGUGACGGUGGCUUAUAUUGUCUACCUCAUUGUGCUACUCUCUACUUCAUCCGACGUUAUUCCCUUGACAGCCUUCAUCUUAUUGGGCGCAAUCUAUGGUUUGCAAGCCAUCAUCUUCAUCCUUCGCCGCAAAUGGGAAAUGAUCGGGUGGAUGAUUGUGUACAUUCUGGCCAUGCCCGUCUUCUCUCUGGGUCUGCCUCUGUACUCGUUCUGGCACAUGGACGACUUCAGUUGGGGUAACACGCGUCUUGUGAAUGGUGAAAAAGGUAAACAGAUCUUGAUCUCUGACGAGGGCAAGUUUGACCCCGACUCGAUCCCAAAGAAGAAAUGGGAAGAGUACCAGGCAGAACUCUGGGAUGCGCAAACCCAACGGGACGACGAAAGAUCCGAGAUCUCGGGCUACAGCUAUGGCACCAAGUCGUACCAUCCUGCCGCAUCCGUCUAUGGCGGUGGUCCUGGCUUGUAUGAAAGCAGCGCACAUCUCAUGGCUCCCUCUAGGUCUGUCUCACAGCUCGACAUCCACCCACCAACAUAUGAAAGAGGAUACAGCCAUUCCAGGAUGUCUCUCGCGCCUUCGGACAUGAUGGGCGGCGGCAUGAUGGCAGGUGGUCAAUCUGUGGCCGACAUGGAUAUGGCCGACUUGACCGGAUUGCCCACUGAUGACAUGAUUCUGAAUGAAAUCAGGGAUAUACUCAAGACGGCUGACCUCAUGACCGUGACGAAGAAGGGUAUCAAGCAAGAAUUGGAGCGGAGAUUUAAUGUGAAUUUGGACAUUAAGCGAGCGUAUAUUGGAAGUGGCAGUCUCAGCGCCUUGGAUCUCUGGGGCGCUUCAACCAUUCUCCCUCGAGUGACGCCACAGCUUGCUGUCGCGAUGAUACCCAAGGGGAUCUACGACCUCUGCCAGAACCGCGAGUCGAUUACUUCGCAAUUGGCCCAGGAUCCGUCCAUUUCCCCUCAUGCGGCUGCCAAAAGGCUGUUUGGUGUCGAUAUCGACGACGAGGUGGUUACCAGAAAAUUGGACCUGGGAAAGGAAGAACCAAGUGAUCUGGAAGAAGCCCGAAAGUGUGGCCAAUGGGGUACAUCCAAUCCCAGCGAUUUGUUUCUGAGGAUCUAUCAUGAUGUCCUGUGCACACUGGAAAAGAAUCCUUUGGUGGGCGUGUGCUCGCCAUCGCUCCUCGGAAGCAAUGGAGUGUGCCCGCUCACAAUCAUGGCGACGGUUCCCGAUAUCUGCCGACACAUGUCCAACGUGAUCGCGAGGGCAGAGCAAGAGGUCUUCCUGGCGACCAACUUUUGGAUGUAUUCAGAACCUACCCGGCUGAUCACCAACGCGCUGAGAGAGCUUUCGAGAAAGGCCGUCCUGACCAAUCGCCGGGUCGUCGUCAAGAUCAUCUACGAUCGGGGAAGUGCGAAACAGCACGAGCUUGUAAAAAACCACCUCAUCGUGCCACCCAGCGAAUUUGCAGAUCCCAAUGGCAAAAUCCGAAUACCCCAUCCUGAUGAGCUGCCAAACAUAGAUAUCGAAGUCAUGAAUUUUCAUCGACCAAUGUUUGGGACAUUCCAUGCCAAAUACAUGGUUGUGGAUCGGCGAAUUGCGAUAUUGCAGAGCAACAACAUCCAAGAUAUCGACAACCUGGAGAUGAUGACGCAACUCGAAGGACCAAUUGUUGAUUCAUUCUAUGAUGUUGCGCUCAUCUCAUGGCACAAUGCUCUCAAGCCACCGCUACCGCUGUUGAGCCGGCCUGCUGCGGAUUGUUCGAUUCCCACUUUCACGAGCGACAGUUAUGCGACCAUGUUCGACGAAAGCGGAAAGUUGGUUCCCGUGUAUCAAGCACCCACGCCAAUCCCUGACGGCCACGAGAGCCUUCGAGAGAUUGCCGAGCAUGGAUCGCAGAUGGAUUUGCCCCAGCACACAUCACACGAACCCCACUACGACCCUGACAUCAAGUCCGAGGUGCUACGCGCUGUAGCAUGUUUGAAUCCACGGGAGGGCGAGACACGGAUAAACGCGAUCACCCGCCUGCUGAACACGACGAUUCAACCUGACACGAAAGGGAGCGCAGCGGAUAUUGAACCAGCUGACACCAUGACGCCACUCAUUCCGAUUCCACGACAUGAUCCUUUCCCGAUGGCCAUGACCCCAGACUUGAAUGCCGAAGCCCUCCUACCCGAGAUUGUUGCAGCUUGCCGACGAGGGGUCAAGGUCACCUCCUACUAUUGUCUGGGAUAUAACGAUGCGGGAGAACUGCUGCCUAUGCAGGGCGGACACAACGAAAUGAUCGCAAACGGACUGUAUCGCGACGUGGGACCCGAACAUCGCGAUAACCUGGACAUCUACGCCUACGUCGCCAAAGACCAAAUCCACCCCAUCCACAACAAAUUCAAGCAGCGGUCAUGUCACAUCAAGCUGAUGAUCGUGGACGGCCACAUUGGAAUUCAGGGUAACGGUAACCAGGACACGCAGAGUUGGUAUCACAGCCAGGAAGUCAACGUCAUGAUCGACAGCCCACUGGUCGUGGGCAAGUGGAUGGAAGGAAUCCGACAGAAUCAAAACACGCACAUCUACGGCAAAGUCGAGAACGAAGGACCUGAUGCUGGAUGUUGGAAGGAUCCGAGAACUGGCCAGCAGGCCGAGGGUGCCAUUGGUGUCGACCCAGGCAAGUUUGCGUGGGCCAAGGGGGUUGUUGGUGCUGUUCAACGGGUACGAGGAAUGGGUGGGUUUUGA